GCCGCGCACGCGUCUGUCUCUCACGCUCACUACUCUGUGCUGCAAGCGUGCCCGCUCGCGGCAUCACGCAUUACUCUGUGCAUGUUCGAAAUUUUAAAAUAUACAAGUUUUUGGAUGCCAUUUUGAAUUUGUUUCUUUUAUAUUUCAAUAAAGGGGUUUUGCGUUCGUAUAUUUUAUCGAAUUUUUUACUUUUUUAAAAGACUGUGUUGUGUGGACAUAUCCGGUGUUCAGUGAUAGUGCUUUAGAUUGGAUUUGCUCUAUUGUAUACGAUCGCAACAUAAUCUACAUUGACACCAACAAACACGAUGGGCUAGCGCUACCACUGCAACUCGAACGUAAAGAUGAACGACAGUCGAGAGCGAAUUCGUCGUGAGAGGGAGAGAGAGAAGAAUACGUAUACCUCUCCCCGUCUCGCCUUGCGCAGAGUGCUGUUACUGUCUGAAGGGAGACAAUUCAGAGAGGCAGCGGCCAUAUUGUCGCGGCUUGGGCCCGGCGUGCUGCAAUCAGUGGCGACAGAGCUGCCGAUAGAUCUGCUUGUUGAGUCCCUGCCGCACUCCGCUCAUCUGCUUGAGACACUUCUUAACAGACUAAUAUCCCUGGAGAUCCUCCCUCGCCCGGACGUGCAAUGCGAGUCAAUCGCAUGGCGGCUGGUGUGCCUGCUGGGCGGCGAGCAGGGCGCGGCGCUGCGUGCGCGCACCACGCGGCUGGCGGCGGCGCUCGCGCAGUACACGCCGCUCGCGAGAGACACUGUCGACACCAGGCGGCGGCAGCUCGACCAAGCUGUACAGGGUCUGGGCACGCACGGUCUGACUGCUGACUCAUCUGGCACGCUGAUAUCGCUCCACGUGGCGAUGAAGAACGAGCUGCAGCGCCACGUCGACGUCUACAAGCAGGCGCUCCACAAACUAGAGGAGCUGUCUCCAGUGACAAUAAACCAGGACCCGGCUUCGUCAUCCCACCAGCGUCUCUUGGCACUCUCUCACGGAGACGUAGAGCGACGGCUGAUCGACAACAAGUCUCUGCUGACCAUAGUGGACAAACCAGCACUAAGGCAGCUGCCGACCCUGGUGUCAGCUUUGGCAGCCAGGGUGGAAAGCGAUAAAGCGGUUCUGGCGUGUGUUGGCCAGAUCAAAAGGAGCGAUCCGACCCUGGAUUUGACAGAUACGAGGCCAGUAGCGGGCGUGCUGAUGAGCUACUCGCGUGGCUGUGCGGCGGUUCUUGAACAGAUGACGGAGGCGGAGCCCCAGGGCUCCGAGACCCGGCACAGCGAGCGCUCGCAGACUGACUCGGCCAGCGACGGAUACCACUCCGACAGUGACGACUCGCACCAACAUCCUGACAGGAGCAAGCUAGUAUCGCAGUACGCAGGGGUGUGGGCGCGCGCGGCGGACGAGGCGUUACCUGCGCUUGCGUCGCUCGAGCCGUUGCGCGCCACGCCGCAUCUCAAGUACAAGAUCGUCUUCUCUGUCGUCGUUCUGUCGUUCCGCGCAGCGAUCAGCCUGCGCGACCGGCGACUCAACGAGGUGAAGACCCUGCUGGGAGCGGAAGGCGACCUUGCUUCAUCAGACCCUGCAAUAGCUAGGCUGCAAGCAGCCGCCCUGAGAGUGCUACAAACCACGGCGCAUAGCUUUCCACUGGGCGAUGCUGAACGGACCGUUGUCAACCAGGUGCUGACGACUCUCCGCGAGUACCCGUGUCUGGGCGGGUGCGCUGCGCUGCACGCGCUCGUAGCCGCCGCCUGCCGCGCCGCCUGGACUAUCAGCCUGCACUCCCCGCCCCUGAGGAUCGAUACCGACUUCACACCUGUGGUGAUGAACCCAGAGAAACACGUGCGCUUCUCCUCAGGCGAGGCUCGCGAGCGCCGCUCUGACCUGAUCAAGUCGUUCGUCUGGCCAGCACUGAUGGACGGGCCUCGCUGCGUCUUCCGAGCUGUUGUGCUCACUUAAGCUCUUGCCAAAAUGUAGAGUCGAAAUGGUGAGUUGUCACACUCCGAGCGCUCGCCACCGCACUUUAUGUGACGCCCGCAGUGUGACAUCACAUUUCUGUUCACCGCACUGCCGGCGGCGUAGCAUUAGCGCCCCGUCACGCCGGAAAUGUGACGAGAGUUAAAUUUUUCAUUACAAUCACUGACCAACCUUGCCAACCCUGGUCACUAAUAGUGACUGGGUCCAAUAACAAGCCACGAUGAUAAGUUAGUGCUAUUAUAAAUGUACUGCAUUUGAACUGCACGCCAGCUGCAAGACUGCUACUAGGAUCCAGUUUGUGUGCGGUUGGCAUAGCUGAGUGGAUGCGAACCAACUGUAAUCUAACAAUAAUAAAAUGCAGUUCUUUUACAGUUCGAUUGUAGUCGGUUAAAAACAUUCUGUUGCAGUCUGGAUUAAAAAAAAUAUAUUAAAAAUGCAAUAUCGCUGUUUGCAUACCGUCCUACCGCUAGGAUAGUUUGAAUGUGAAGAUAAGUUAUUAUUUAUGUAUCAUUACAAUCCAUUUCGUUUUUAACUUAACGUAAGCUCACGACUAUAUUCCUAAUUGGGGUAGUCAGAGGUACGUUAAUCGCCUCACCGAGCUUUCUGUCAGAUCAAUUCCGUUGUUAACUUGACUGAUAUUUUAUCAAGAGAAUAAAACUCAUAUUCUGAUACUAUUUGUUAUAAUUGUUAUACGGUAUUGUAACGAUGGAUUAUUUAAAUCCAACCGGGGGUUAUUUAGGGUUGAUGGGGUUGGUGAUCCACCUCACAACCCACACGAUAGAAGAAGAAGACCCACCCGGGAAUCAAACCGGAACAUGUGGUUUGGGGGUUGCGGCGUCCAGCCAGAGGUCACCAUAGUUGUUUAAAAUCUUUAUUCAUGACUAUAAGUUGUAUGAAUUGUAAUAAUGAUAAUUAUAUACUUAUUGCUUUACCAAUACAAAUAAGCGGUAAACGUGUGUUUAUGUAUUUGACAGCCAAGCAAAUUUUAUUUCAUACAUACAUACAUACAUAAACUCACGCCCGUAAUCCCAAAUGGGGUGGGCAGAGCCACAAGUAAUCAAAGACAACUUGCAGCCACUGUUGAUACGAAGUCCUAAGAUGGAUAUGAUGAACCUUAUGGUGAUAAGGGAUCAGCCUAUCGCCCAUAACAUUAGUCCAUCAUGUUAGAGGACGCAAUCCCUCUGUCGGUUUUUACGACAUGCCCGGGAAGACAAGCAGCUGAACGUGUUCUAUGUUUUUUAUUUGCUCCCAGAACAGCAUAGAAGCAAUUUUAUUUCAAUUACCUUAUAAUCUAAAUAUAUAAAAGGAGAAACUGACUGACUGACAUAUCAACGCACAGCCUAAACGGCUAAACGUAGGCAUUUGAAUUUUGGAAAGGACGUAGCUUAGGUACUGAAGAGGUGCACUAAGAAAGGAAUUCUCGAAAUUCCCACGGGAACGGGAAUUAGCGGGAAAAGACAUUUGUAUGAAAAAAACAUUCUCAUCUCUGAAUUCCAGACGAAAGCUUAUACGUACUUCAGGGUUAGCCUCCUCUGAUCGUAUUUUCCUAAAUUUAUAUUAAACCAAAUAAUCAUAAACUAAUAAUCUAAAAAUUAAUAACAAUUCAUUAUUUAACUGAGCUACUUAUACUAUAUCUAACCUCAUUUAAAAAAAAAAUAAGCAUUUUUUAACCUUUCUCCCACACACACAAAGAUCUCUCUUUUAUAACACACCACGCGGACGAAGUCGCGGGCAACAGCUAGUUUAAUUAUAUUUAUACACACACGUUCACUCGCUCGCUUGUUUAUUGGUAAGGCGAUAUAAGUCAUUAUUAAGUAGUGUUUAUUUUCAUUUUAAUUAAGAAAUUACGAAUUACUUGUACAAAAUUAACAUUCGUUUAAACUAAGCCAG